AUGCUCCCCCUUCUGAUUCUUGCGCUGGUCGCGGCGGCCCAGGCCCAACCGUUCACUGUCACCCACGGCGUGGGUGCCGGCGAGGCGACAACAUCCACGGUGGUCAUAUGGUCGCGCACGGACGGCGCCGGGGCCUACAUGCACGUGAGCAUGACCGCCGCCUCCAGCGAGCCCCUGGCCUUCGUCUCCGACGAGACCACCUCCGCUAACGGCGAUUACACCAUGCGCCUGGUGGCCACCGGGCUGGCGGCUGCCACGGAGUACUCUUACGUGGUGUGCUUCAAGGCCGGCACGGAGCCGGGGUGCGACGGGCUGGACACAGGCGACGGCAUUUUCAGGACCGCAGCGCCCAAGGACGUAGCCGCCGCCGUGAAGAUCGUCUGGGGAGGCGAUCUGGCCGGGCAGGACGUCUGCCGCGACGCCCAGAAGGGCUUCCCCAUCUUCCGCCCGAUGGCCGACGAGUCCGCGGACGUGGGCGUGCUGUCCGGCGACAUGAUCUACGCCGACAACCUGUGCUCGGCCACCGGCCUGUACGGCAACGCCCAGGUCCUGGGCGACUUCAACCAGUCGGCCAACCUGGAGGCCUUCCGCGCUCACUGGGCCUACAACAGGGGGGACGCCCUGUUCGUGGAGUUCCUGGAGGGCACGCAGGUGCUGGUGGCCUGGGACGACCACGAGAUCGUGAACGACGCCGGCCCGUCGCACGACACCAGGCCCAACCGCGCUGCCGGGGACGUGGACCCGGAGCCGCCGUAUGCGCCCGACGCCAAGCUCACGCCCCUGGCGCUUCAGACCAUGUACGAGUGGAACCCCUUCAGCGCCACAGUGGAGGAACCCAGGCACUAUGGCAGCUUCCGCUAUGGCAAGCACGUUGAGAUCUUCCGCCUCGACACCCGCCUGUACCGCGACGCCAACCUUCUCAACGACACCACCUACUUCAACAAGACCCUGCUCGGCAUUGAGCAGAAGCUUUGGUUGAAGAACGCGAUCGCCGAGUCGGACGCCACGUGGAUCAUUGUCCAGAGCAGCGUGCCCCUGUCCAUCCCCACGGGCAGCAUCAGGACUGGCCGCGACGGCUGGACCAACGGCGACGCGUCGUCGGACGGGCCUAACACCGCCACCAUGGGAGGCUUCGAGCAGGAGCUCCUGGAGAUCAUCGACGCGUUCAAGGCCGCGGGGGUGAAGAACACCGUGUGGAUCACGGCCGAUGUGCAUUUUGCCGAGGUGUUCGAGUAUCCAGAAUGGGCGCCCAACUUCUGGGAGGGCGUCGUCGGCCCACUCAACGCGGGACUGUUCCCCAAGCAGGAAUUUGACAUGACGCUGGGCGGCGUGCAGCGCCGUUUCGGGCCCUUCGGGCCUGAGAGCUUUGAUGCCUCGGUGGAGCUGGGCUACGACGAAGUGCUCAAGUGGAUGAAUUAUGGUGUGCUCGAGAUCAGCGAAUCUGGGUCGCUGAAGAUAUCCGUCAAGGACGUGAAUGGCAUGCCUGUGUACGAGAACACCGUUGAACCCAUGUUCCAGUAG